AUGAACCUUAAAGGUGAUGAUAAUUCUAAAGUAUAUGAGUUAAAUGAUGAUGAUUGGAGUGUUGGAAGUGAUUCUGAAGGAGAGAACCCAAUUGUUACAAUGUUUAGGCAGAUGGUAGGCAAUGUUUACAUGCUUAGACCAGAUGGAAAAUCUUAUUUGUGUAAUGGACUGAUUUUUGACAAUGUUAUCAACUAUAGAAAGGUUUUGUUGGAUUAUGCCAUAGAAGAAGGAUUUGGUUAUAUAAGACUUAAAAAUGAAAAGGAUAAAAUUAUUAUGCAUUGUGCUGUAGAAGGAUGUCCAUGGAGAAUACAUGCAUCCCCAAUGCUUGGUGGUCAAAAUUUUCAAGUUAAAACAUAUAAUGAAGAAUAUACAUGUACUAAAUUAACCAUAAAUUCAUUGGUGACUGCUGAGUGGCUUUCUCUAAAGUUUAAGCAAGAGUUUAAGGACAAUUCUAACAUAUAUGUAGCUCAGAUGUUUGCAAAGGUUAAAUUAAGAUAUGGAGUGAAGGUUAAGAAUUCAAUAUUGUAUAGGGCUAAAAACAAGGCACUUUCCAGGUUAUGUGGUGGUCAUGACGAGAGUUACUCAAAACUGCAUAAGUAUAGAAAUAUUUUAAGGAUUAAGAACCCUGGUACAAUGGUUCAAGUAAUGGCUAAAAGGAAUGAUUUGUCUAAAAACCCCACUUUUCAGAUGUUCUUCUUAAGUUUUCCUGCAUAG